CUUCCACCAUCAGCGACAACAAGCUGGUCAAAUUCACUUAGGAUUAAUGUUUCAAUAUCGCUUCUCCAUACACCUAUUACGACCCCUCGUUCGCCUCCAUGUCACAGCUUUGAGGUUUCCGACAUCAACUGAGUUCUCAGCAAAUCCAGAGUGACAUGCUUUCAAAAUUUGGUAAUUUGGGCAUUAGAGAUGCAGGAUGAAGCAUAAAAGUGAAUAAUCUCCCCAAGCUAUAAACGCGUACCUUAUUUAUUACCCGUAAAAUCAGAACCUAAAUUAAUUUGUGUGAUAGAGUUUAGGGUGUCGUGUGUGUUGUUUUGUAAAAUCCGGAUAAAUAAAUAUUUCCACUAUUUAUCAACAUAAAUAUUAUUGUGGGUUGGAUUAUAAAUUUAUAAAGCGUUGUCUAUCAGUAAAAAGCCUAAUGCAUUAGCCAGCUCUCUCCAUCAACGUAGGACUAAUGUUUUAAUAAGUAUCUAACCUAGUACCACGAUUUCGCACACUUGAAUCUGCAAGCUCGCCAAAAUGAAUAACUCAAUCGCAAUAACAACGCCCCCACGAGUGCAUUUUAACCCUGUCGUUUCCCAACGAAGGUAUUGCCACCACCAAUACGAGGAAGAUUACCAAGCAAAUCAUCAUCGUGACAUCACUCCGUCAUUAAACAGAGGCGAAAUGCCUUUCGAUAAAAAUAGAAAUCAAAAUGAUAUGAAAAAUGGGACUCGAGUGAGUGAGACAUGUUCAACCCAAGUGGAGAAAGUGAAGAAAGUUCUGGUAACGAUUGUUAGUCACACACCCACUUCGCAUCAUCAUCAUUACGGUGACAAUUCACGACCAACACAAACAAGCAGUGAUUCCAUCAACCAAGUCUCCUCAACAGAAGACACUCAUCAGACAACAAAUAUUCCCGACCUGUUGAAAACAACCCCUUUGUUUAGUAGAAAGCGAGCAGAAGAAGACAAUUUAAUAGCAAAUCAAGCAGAGCAAAAUUCCUUUAAAAACACGUACAACGUAGAGGAGGGAAAAAGGGAUAGGAAUAUUGUUGAUGGGGACAAGUCGUCUUCGUCAUCGUCGACAUUUCCUCCCAGUUCCAACCACCAAUUAUCACCACAUUCACUGUCAUCGUUGUUGCCUUGGGGGGCAUGGAGAAAGACAGGUUUGCUUCAACAGUUAAGUUUAUUGAAACAAUUUGUGAGCAAAAAGAAAGCCGGCAUCAGCAGUCGCGUGCAUCACCCACACCAAUCUGCAUCUCAACAAGAAUACAAUUUACCCAAACCUAAUAACAACAACAACACCGCUCUUUUUGGCCUGGCGAAUGACAAUUCAAAGAGGCAACACAUUAACUCCAAAAAUGGACAACAAGGACUUCAUGCCAAACCGGAAGUUACUCGUUCUGAAGAUUAUCCAGACGAACAAGGAAUGAGAAUGCUUUCACCUCGUUCUCGUUCACCAUCAAAUCAAUUUAAAUACACGAGUAAGACUGGUACGAUGGACUUGUGUGAGAAGAAACUCUGCACAGAUGAACUCUCUGAAAAUGUGGACAAAAUCCUGGAAGAAAUAGCGGGUCUGGAGGACAUGAUAGGAAACACCUGUGAACCAGUUGCAGUGUCCACCACACCCACUCGUUUUAAGGAACAAGAUGCGACUGCAGAAUUUGUCAACGAAUGUUGUUCAGUCUCAUCUGCUCUGUCGUGUUUGACAGCGUCUGCUAAUUCUCUCGCUCUUGUUGGUUCAAUUUCUCUACCACCCACAGCACCCCCCUCAUUCACCGGAUUGACAGACCCUGGAAUUAAGAAACCUCCACUACCCCCAGCACACAAAACUAAAUAUCUAAAUUCAGUUUUGCGAAAUCAGUUUUUUGGACCAGCUCCUGGAAUGCAUGAACCUCGUGGUGAUCGUGGUACUAGCCGACUUGGUACUACCCCAUUAAAAUCCUCCCACAAACUUUCACAUGAACUUGAAAGUAAGUUGUCGGAAGUGAAAGAAGAACUGCACCGAUCGCGGGAAGAAAUAUCCAGGUUCCAUCCGAAUCUUGAAGAAAUAGACAAGUCUGUGCGCAGUUCCGUGGCCAUCGAUCGAUUUGGGCGAAACCCUCCAAACAGGACGACCAGCUCCAAUUCCUCUAACUCUGAAAACUCGACUAAUGACCACCACCACCACUCCAGAUAUGAUGAAGAAAAUCUCGCUAAACAGUGCAACUGGAAUGCGAUUGUUACUCAAGCCAAAGGAAAAUUACUAGUCUCCUCCCAAAGUAAUAAGUUUAACAAUGUGGGAGAGUUUAGUCCUAAGAAGUGCACGGGCAUCUUGGAAACCGACUUGGACACAGGUGCCAGUCGGGAAAUUCUUAAAAGUGACUCCCACUCAUGGCAAUCCUCAGAACCUGCUAUUCCGUACUCUACAAGGGUUUCGCUGAGAUACUUGAAAUCUCAACCUCUCUCAAAAUUUGUUCAAAAACAAAGUACAUGCAGCAGCAUGCAGAAUUUGAAUCUCGGAAAAUCGUCAACAUUGACACCGGCAGGCACAACCGUUUCCAACAAGGAGGAUCGCUCACGAUCAAUGGAGUUCCUCCUUGACGAUGAGAAGCAUGCAGAGCUGAUGCCUCCAGAAAAUGCACUGCAAAAAAAUCAAGAGCGUGAGGUGUCUGAACAUGAAUUACGGAUUCAGCGAUCAUUACAAAGACUCAAUGUGCCUGAUUGGUAUAAGAACUAUGCAACACCGACUUCCGCGUGUAAAACGCCAAACCGAGAAUUUGGAAGUGGAACUGGAUUAGCAGGGGGUUGGUCAGGCUUGUCAUCGUCGAAAACGUCAUCCCUGACCAGCUUACAAUCAGCGGGUCGUUAUGCAGGAAGUAAAACAGGAUUUUCGUCCACCAGACCAAGGGUCACUACAACCUCUGGUCGAUCGUCUCGGGAAUCACUCAUGAGUCCAAAUUCAACUGCGAGUGCUAGUCCGUCGCCUUAUUUCGAAAGGAGUUCAUUUACUUAUGGUAUGCCAUAUGCACUCUCUCGAUUCUCUACCCGAAUGAGCUGCGGUGCAAGUCCUGCGUCGCUUUCACCAUCCCCCUCACCAGUUGGAGGUAUCACGUCAUCGACAUCCACUCCCGUGUCUUCAGGUCCUAUGUCGCGAUACGGCUAUAACAAGACACCCUACCUUGGUUGGCGGUCUCAAGAAAGGUUGAAUUCUAAAACAUUGUACCGCUCACCUUCUGAAAGACUUGCGGCUGACUUGGUCUCUCAACAACAAAAAUCAACCACACCCAUCUCGACUACGGCAAGUAGUGACGUGAGUACAGUUACGUCACCCAGAAAAGAAACGGCAUCAGAUUUGAGUCUUAAUAUCAGCGAUACUAGUGAAAGCAGCAACAAGUUGAACAGGGUACGGAGCUCAAUUAAGGCCGUGUCUAACGCCAUAGUCGACUAUGUCAAUGAGACAAAACCGUUAGAUGAAGGAAUAAAUGGACGUACGUCUCCGAGACGGCGAAUGGUAUGGCUAGAAAGUUCAUUUGUGGGUACGAAACCACUUGAUUCUCCCGGAACGCCGGAUACCACACCGUCGUCUGUAAUCAUGAGUCACCACCACAACCUAAGCGGACAAGGGACAACAGCCUCGUACCUACACAGCAAACGGAGCGCUAUGAAAUUGGAUCAUAACGGCGAUAAUAACAAAGACACGGUCAAAACAUCUCAUGAAAGCUCACAGGCUUUUUCAUCAUACCUUUCUAGAAAUGAGAAAACGGGAGAAUGUUCAGAAAAAACCUCACCCACACUGGACGACAUUCUCGAUUCCUUACUCGCUUUAAGGCGACCCCACAAAAAGAUAAUGGGGAGCAAAGGUGAUAACAGCCAGCUUCCUUCCUCAAAAGACACCACUACCACGGCUAGAAUAUCCCCACCACAGCCGCCCUUCACCUCGACCUUCUUGACCUCCUUCUCUCCAGACGCUAAUCCGUACGACAAUCCACCCAUGUCGGACUGGCAACAACGAAUGAAUCAGCCCUUGGACGACACCAUAUGCUUUCCCCAGGAGGAUGUGGACCCAUUCACGUUGCCAACCACCACCCCUUUCACCAGCAAUACUACCACCACUACCAGAGAGAGCACUUACCAUGAUCAUGAUGCGACUCCCACGUACAUGGACGCCUUGAGAGACAUUAGUGCAACGAGUGCUACAAACCCUGAACUGGGGUCUUCAGACUAUGGUGCUACUUCCCCGACGACAAAGUAUCGUCCCUGGCUGGACGACCCCACAUUCGGAGAUCGGAACGAAGACGAGGACGAGGGGAAGAUUGCUCAAGAGGAGUUAAACUUUGGAACUCCGACUGAGAUUCUUCCCCCGGGCCCCACCCUCGUUACGAACCCUUUAGCAGGUCUAAACGAAAAUUCCAACCCCACCACCCCCGCCAGACAUCGGAGAGUCUCCUUCGACCUCGACGUCAGUGACAAGGACGAGAAGAGCAGCUCACGGUCAAAAAGAGACAACGAGCCCGUCGGAGGCACAAUUCAAUGCAAAAAUUCCAAGUGUGGAAAGUCGGCAACGGGGUUGGAAGCACGGAGAGAAUUCAAGACAUGUCACAAUUGCAACGCUUACUACUGCUCCAGAGACUGUAGACGAAUUCACUGGGAGAAGCACAAAAAGGUUUGCAUGCAGAGUCGAGUGGGUCAGUUGUGCAAACAGAUUAUUGGUCACUGUAAGGAGGACUCGUUCGUGGUGAGCCAGCUGAGCACGAUGGCGCGUCGGGGGUACUUGGCCAAGGGGCGUGGUUGCGUCAAACUCUUCUUCUCCUCCCCAGAUCGAGCGGAACGGUUCCUCACUGGCGGACUUCCCGAACUGCCUGAACCCUGGUAUAUCCCCCACGCGGACAUGUUACCUGAAGAAAUGGGUGCCCCGACAUUUUCAGACCUAAGUGAAAGUUGUCGAAUGUACAAUACGGAGACACGUUUCGUCCUCUACGUUAGUGUUUGUGUGGUCAACGAGGUUCCCACGUCAGGUUCAGUGAAAUGGGAGAGAGAAAUGGUGUCUCGCUGUUCAAAGAUUCGUCUCCUGAUUCCUCGAAGUUUCGACGAGAGUCAGCCCCACCAUCAUGCCGCCAUCCCAGCCCACCUUAAUCCCGACGACAUCGACCCCCGGUCAUUCUCCCCAACGCACGGCCCAUGCCCACCACCACUACUGCCAUCCACCACCAGUGACAGGGGUGAUGGGAGUGGUGACGAGGGAGGAAUUGUUGGUACGGACAAUGAGACCCUCAUCCUAAGAUCAGUGCCUACCUCCGAGUCGCUGAAGUUAAACAGUGACGACCGACGACGGCGUGAAAUCAGUUUCACCAAUAUACAAAAACAUCUCAUCGAGCGCGGUGUAGAUCUUCGAAGAGUCUAUCCUGAUAUAUAUUCAAAGUUGUGCAAUUAUGUGGAGAACGAUGAACCUUUUCUGCCUGUGACGAUUUACCCGAGAAACUCUCAGACUGGGGGUCAAUUCAUGUGCGUCAUUAUGCCAGAGUCUUCAGAUACGAGUUAUGGACUUUCUUCAGACCCUUUGAGAAAAGUGGAGACUAUCAACAUUUCCGAAUAACAUUUCUAUAUGUGUACUUAUCCUGCAACAACCCUCUUGACCACCACAGCUAUAACUAUCUAAAUUUCGUAUAAUAUUUUUCAAUGCACAUCUCUCUCAACACUACGUAUACAUACUCAUGCUAAAUAUGUAGGAUCAUCUCCCCAAGGCGCAUUUAUUGUUCAACUACAUAUUGACUCUGGUUACCAGUUUCUAAUUUUGUUGUCACCACCUACUACUUCUAAAACUUUAUCAAUACUCUAUACGCCGCCACAACUUUGUACUAUUUUCUACUGAAAUGCACUGCUUCACAAACAGACGAAUAAGUUUGCGGAUAACUCACUUUGCAUACAAAUAUCUGACUCAUUAUCCGCGACAUUAUAUAUCAAAUCCACUUUCAUGCACGUUAUGUACGCACUUUCCCUUCGCUACAAACACGCAUUAGAAAUUCUUCUUGAUUAAUGAAAUGAUGCGAUCGUUAAUAAUGAGAUCACCAAUUGUGCUCUCUGAGAUGUUGAUGAAUAUUUGUGUAGCGUCAUUCGAUUUUGUGGCCUACAAACUGCUAAAUACCCCAAUUUUUUUCAUGCACUUAACAGUGUAUUUUUUGGCACCACUAUUAAUCCAAUGACUGUAGUGACUAAAGCGAAUCUCUUGUCGCACUGUAAUUCGAGAAAAUUGGAGAAAGUGUAAGGGCCAACAUGCUCCUCUAAUUUGGUUUGCCACUUCUCCAAUGAUGACGUUUGGUUAUUAUUGCAUUAAUGUUGUCUCACAAAAUUGAAUCAACGAAAGUGGUACUCGGUCGCUACAAUUCAGUAUUAGCAUUGACGACCCCGUAAUGACUACCAAUUACCCACCCAGCAGUCUUACUCGGGUGGGAGUUCCUUAGACUACGUAUUUAUUAUUGCAUACAAUUCUCAAACUCUUACGGCCGCAGUGGUGCUGAUGCAUUCCGAUUUCGGUGAAAGCUAUGUACACGUCGGAAUGGAGAAAGAGGUGGUUUAGUAGUUGAGCUAGUUGGUUGGUGGGGUUCUUCGAGUGACCACAUAAAUAUAUUGCAUAACAAUGUUUGUAGCAUUUAAAAGCCUAAAUCUUUGAAGGUUCGGGACGUUGCCCUUGUGCCAUAUUAUAUAAAGAAUUGAAUUAAUGUUAAAGGGAAGGAUGAUACUAAAUAUUGUGGUGGUGGUUAUGCAAUGGAGUACUCGUUCUUGACUAGGUGUUAGGUAAAUUGUAUGUAGAUAGGUAGGUAAGUGUAGGUGAUACAUAGGGAAAAGGACUGCUGAGAUUCUUUUUGACUUUGAACAAUCAUUAUCAGUAAGACGAUAUCAUCAUCCGUUUUUAUGACAUUUAUUAUAAUACAAAGAAACUUCCAGACAAAGAAUAUUAAUUACAUAGUUCAUAAAGUCCGUCAGCUACUAAUAAAUAAUACAAGGAGGAAGAUAUGAAAACGUAAUUGACCGAGUUUAACUAUCAUCACAAGACAACAAAUUAGUACUCAUAUUCUUCUCCGCACACAGACAGUUAAACUUUGCGAGAACUUUUAUAUGUUAUUGGUAAUAAUGAAUUAUUAUUAUUAUUAUUAUUAUUAUUAUCAAACUAUUUAAACGGUAGUAAAACUAUUGUUAGUACAAACAAUAACAGCAACCGGCAACCGUAGACCUAUGUACAUAUAUACACAAGAUACAUUUGUGGAGAAGGUAAAACUGAAUUUUAAACCACCUUCUUCUCAGACUAUUGUGUAAUAUAAUGUGGAAUCGAAUAGAAAAGGUUAUAUAGAA